AUGCGGGAUGGAAGCUUGUUGGAAGUCUGCAAUAUCAUUAAUGUCGAAACAGCGUUGAACGAGACCUUCCUCCCACUUGAUAAACAACCCUUUUGUUUCACACGUUUUCACAAAUUUGCUUUCUUUUGAACGGUAACAAAGAUAUCGUUGACUACAGCGUUGACCACCGCCGGUAAGAUGACUGAUGCCACAUCAUCCUUCUUCACCCCUUCACCUUUCCUCGAUUCAUCUCACGAAAACUCCGUUUUUCCAUCUCCAGGCACUGAAGAUGGAGUUUUGGAGACGAAAUUGAAAAAUCAACGAAGAAACACCAGCAAUUUCGCCUACCGAGUUCGAGAUCACGUGAAGAUGGGGCCAAAAUUAUCGGAAACGUUGAAGGGGAAGCUGAGACUGGGGGCGAAAAUCAUACAAAAAGGGGGGAGGGAAAACAUAUUCAAGGAAGUAUUUGGGGCGAAUGAUGGAGAGAAAUUGUUGAAAGCUUCACAAUGUUAUUUAUCAACAAGUGCAGGUCCAAUUGCUGGGAUAUUGUUCAUCUCCACUCAAAAGCUUGCCUUCUGCAGCGAAAGAUCAAUCAAAUUGCGUUCUUCAAAUGGGGAUCUCAUUCGAAACCCUUACAAGGUAUUGAUCCCAACGAACAAGAUCAAAGAAAGUAAUGAGAGGGAGAAUGUGGAAAACCCAACACAAAAAUACAUACAAAUAGUUACGGAUGAUGACUUUGAGUUUUGGUUUAUGGGUUUUGUAAGAUACGAGAAAGCAUUUCAAAAUCUUAGGAAGGUUGUUUCAAAAUAGGCGAACUUUUAUGAUUGUAGUUUGUAUGGUUUCGUUUCUUUUGUACAAAUUUUAUGCAUUAAUCUAUUUUUUUAGGAUCAUGCUAA